CAGUCACUCAGGAGAGACAAUGGAAGAGUCAGGAUGGAAUCAACGCCUCGCCUUUAAUCACAGGGUAGCUCUCUGAGCACACUGAUCUCUGCAGAGAUAAUGACAAUCAGAGAAAGUGUGAAAGCGUGGGUAUAAGUGGUAUGGUAUUACUAAGGAGAACUGGCAUGGUGGUGGAGAGUCAACAACCCAUGAAAUUGUUAUGGUUUUACGGCUUAAUAGGGGCAGGAUCAGAAGGCAGGGUUCGCUUGCCAACGAAUCUGCCGCAGCGGUUCAGAGAUAUUUCAAGGAGUAAGAUGGCGGCACCUAGUAAACAGUACGGCCUGAUCAUACCCCAGAAGAGAGCGUCUAAGACAGUCACCUUGCCCAGGCCCUCAGUGUUUGGGGAUGACUCUGAUGAAGAGACCUCGGUUGGGGAGAGUUUGCAGAAGGAGGCUCUGAAGAAGAGGAUGAUGAAACAGACACGUCUGGAGAUGCAGAAGGCUCUAGAGCAGGACAGCAGUGUGUAUGACUACGAUGGUGUCUAUGAUGACAUGCAGAAACAGAGGCUGGAGAGCAGCAAGAAAAUGCUGGGAGGAACCGACAGGAAGCCAAAAUACAUCAACCAGCUGCUACAAGCGGUGGAGGACAGGAAGAAGGAGCAGGAACGGAGAGAUGAGAGGAAGAUUCAGAAGGAGAGAGAGGCGGAGGGAGAGCAGUUUGCAGACAAGGAGGCUUACGUCACCUCAGCCUACAGACAGAAACUCAAGGAGAGACAGGAGGAGCUGGAAAAAGAAAAGCGAGAGGCAGCGAUGGAGGCUGCUCUGGAUGUGAAGAAGCAGAAAGACCUGAGUGGUUUCUACAGACACCUGCUGAACCAGACCGUAGGAGAGGAGGCCAUACCAGACCGCUCUGUACCGAGGGAUCAGAGUACAAAAGAAGUCAAGACAGAAGCGCCAUCCCCACCGUCUUCACCUCCCUCACAAGACCACGUCCCCAGUUCCCAUAGUGACAGCGAGGAGGGGCAGGAUCAGAAGGCAGGGUUCAGUAAGCCGGCCCCUUGUGCCAAACGCCACUACAGACAGAGGUCCCCUUCCUCUGGGAGUGGAGAAGAGGAGCGAGAGAAGGAUAGAGAGAGAGAAAAGAAGAGACAUAAAGAGAGAGACCGAGACCAAGGAAGGGAUAGAGAGAGGGUCAGAGAGAGAGACAGGGAGGACAGGCAUGGUGGAUGGAGAGAUGAGAAGGAUGGAAGAAAGGAGAGGGAUAGAGACAGAGAGGAGGACAGGAGCAGGGGGAGGCGGGAUAAAGAGAGAGAGGAGAGACACGGGAAGAGAGAAAGGAGCCCGAAAGACAGAGAGAAGGAGAACGGGGAGAAAGAGAAACAGAGGGAGCUAGACAAAGACAAGGGGAGAGAAAGGGACAAGGGCAGGGAGAAAGAGAGGAAUAGGGAUGAAGAAAAGAAGACUAUAAAAACCGACGGAAAGGAUGAAAAGAAGGAGGGAGAGGGUUCAGCGAAGAAGGGGAAGGAGGGAGAGGGGUCAGAGAGGAAGGGGAAGGAGGGAGAGGGGUCAGAGAAGGGGAAGGAGGGUGGGUCAGAGAAGGGGAAGGAGAGUGAUUCAGAGAAGAAGGGAAAGGAGAGAGAAGAGGAGAGUAAAGUGAGUAAGUUUGUCAAGCGCAGCAGUGAGCAGACCGUGACCUCAGCCAGAGACAGAUACCUGGCCAGACAGAUGGCACGCUCAGCCACCAAGACGUACAUAGAGAAGGAGGAGGACUGAACACACACAAACGAUGACAGCUGUGACUGUGUGAUGACAGAGGGUGUCCGAUGAACUGAGACACGUCAACAGAUGUGUGUGAACUUCUUUCUCUAAUACACAGCACUUGACGGACCCACCAAAUUAGAGUGGGGUCUCAUGGUUCUACUGUCUGGGGAGAAAGAUGGAAUGGUAGAGAGUGAUUUAAAUGAAUGAAUGCAGGACUUGAGUUAAGUGAGAGGGUGAAUAAGUGAUGAAAAAUGUAGUGUGAGUGAGGUGCCCCACACCAGCGAACUAUGUUUUUGUUGAAUAUUUCUGUUCUAUUCCAUUUUUUUUUUUUUCUGAUGGACAGAACCGUACUUCCUGUUUAUGUUGUUAAUAAAUGUCAACAUAUGGCUGGUG